AUGGCCGAGUGUGAAACGCGGCCCGAUUGCCAUGCUGCUCUCUUGCAUUUUGCUUUACCAGAACCUGGGGGAGAGGACUCAGGAGCUUGCUUUCUCCACGGCGAUCCCUGGCAGCCGAGGCCAUUGAUCGACCGCCAACGAUUGGCUUCGCCGAAUGCUGCGGAAGCAGAUGUUGUCUGUUGUUGCAUCUCAGGUCUUUUCACGGGCAACAACACCGGCAAUGGCGUCGCGGAUCGCUUUUGUUUCUCGAAAGAUGUGACGCGCGAGCCACAAGCUGGAGAUCUCAUUGACACGACUCAUGGUUGGAUUGAUAUGGAGGGUAAGCAGACUGUGACUGUACUUCCGGUGCCUUUCCUGGGUUACCUCACGCUGUCUUCCCAGACUGUCGGUGUGGUGGCAACGGCCGAGAUGGGAUUGUGCUUUCCCUGGACGUGGUGCGGAUUCGUCGUGAAGGACUGCAGCGGUGCUAUCCUGUACAAAAUGGAAGUAGACACGUUGCCGGACGUUGAUGCCGAUGGGACGGAGCUACCAGGUACGGCUGGAUUGAGCUAUGUUAUCAAAGAUGCCGUUGGGUCGUAUCUCGGUCGAAGCAGCCAUCUCACAGACGGUGCAGAGCCCAUCCGGCUUCUGGAUGCUGAGAACACACAGGUCUCCAUGCUCAUCACAGCAGCUGGGUUUUGGCGACGCACGUUUUUCCCGCUUCAAUGGUAUGUCAACACUGCUGUGACGAGAGAGCCCGCCACAGCGGUGCCUCUUGCAGAUCCACGGUUGCUCACACUGAUGGUCACCUUCCAGUUUCGCAAUCUAGGAUACUUUGGCAUCUUCUGGAUUCUUCUCCUGGUGAUCGUCGUGGUGGCAGUGUACCUGUACCUAAGGAGGAGCAGGGGGCUGACCUACGAUGGUGGCUUCAGCAUUCGCGGCGCUUGCUUCAAGGGCUUGCCCUACUACUCUUAUGCUGAUGAAGAGCAGGAGUUUCUGGCUGGCGGCGAUGGCGGAGGCUGCUGCACUGGACGACAAAAGAAGACUCCGCAGGCCACUGCCGCAAGUUUUGUUAAGCCUGCAACGGCGCGGCAUGCUGGCAAUUGA